AUUGUGUGAGAGACCUAUGGACACAUGACAACCCAUAAACCUUCAUCGCCAAUCCGCGAGGAUUUUCCGGGCCAUCACACGCGGAGUCGACAUUCGUGCGCUACACAUGUGGCGGAAUCCGCGUUUUCGGCUGAAUUUGGGCGGUAUUUGAAGUCGGAGCCCGUUCCAGUUCAGGUCUUGGUGGUUGUAUUCGCAAAUUUCAUUUUGCGAGGGGUUGUAGUUGUUGUGCCGGUUGGGAUUCAUGGGUGGUGAAUGGCUGCCGGGUUGGAUGGAGGUUUGAGAUUCGAGGGCAUCAAGCGUAGGACAUUGGCAAGGAGAUGAUGUAGGCCACCUGUCUUGGAGAUCAAAUAUCGUUGGUCAUUGAUCCUAUUCUGUCUUUUCGAAUCGAUCAAUUUUACUGUGUUGAGCGUUGGCAUCAUCUUAUUGCAGAGGAGCUGGACAUUUCAGGGUAAGGGACGUUCUCCGGGAAUGUAGGUUUCAGCGGAGGAAAGUCUACUUCGAGUUAUGAGCGAGGGUGAUGCGUUACGUGCAAUGCACAGACGACAUUAUAUAACCUUCGAUCUGUAGGCGAUGAUGUACCUCAUUCCAGAUUCAGUCGCAACUAAGCAACUCUCUGGUAGCACAGAAUCUCCAUCUAAGCCAUCUCCAUCUAAGCCAUCCCCAUGUAAGACUUACCAGUCACCAGCUGAUGCAUCUAAAAGUCCAUAUUCUAAGAGUCCUGCCUCCAGCAGACGACGCUACUACUCGUCAGAUGAAGAGGAUGACAGCAGAGACAGGCAAUCUCACUGGAAGCGGAUUAAGGUUCGCACAGAUGACAAUCCUAAAUCGAGUUCCAGGAACAGGAUCACAUACACCGAGAGUGAUCGACGUAGCUAUGCCACAUCUCCCACCUUUAGAAGACCGCAGGGUCCCUCCCGGAGUGUAAAUCCUCUUCCGGGACCUAGAGUGAUUGUAUUGAAGAGAAGCUUGCAUGAGAAAGAUGUAGGGAUGCGUCGCAGCAGCUGUGAAUCUGAAGUAGGGAUUCACGGAAGCGGAAGCAAGGGAUGGGAUGUGGCCGUGAGAUCCUUUAGGGAUGGUGGGACCGCAUCCAAGGACAUUGAUCCCGUAGGUACCAAGAGGAAGUAUGAGACGGAGGUUAGGAAGAGCAGCAUGAUGAUGCUUGAGCAGAGUAUGGUGAUACGGGAGAAGCAUAUGGCAAGAAGGGUCCCUAUAGAGAGAGAGUUUGAAGGAGGGUACGAGUUUAGGGUUAGUGGGAGGGAGGUGGGGGAGUUCAAUGGUGAGAAUGGUUCAAGCCUUUUCUUAGAAGAUUCUCGUCAGUUUAAUUAUGAGGACAGUGAGAGGCCGAGGGUUGGUCUGGAUUUGCGGGAGGCUUUGAAUCGCAGGAGUCGGAGGUUGGACUCCAUGAGCAGAGAGAUCAGGGGUUACGGUGAUCAAAAAAGCGAGCCGGCUGUGAGGGUUAAGAAAGUGGAGUUUGAUGUGAGCACUGGUAACGGUAAGGGGAGUUUGGGCGCUCUCCAGGGAUCCGGUGUGAGGAAAGUACUGGAUUUGGGCCGUAGUUCCCGCUCAGGUAAUGACGAGAGCAAAAGUUUCGCUCUUGGUGGGAUUAGUCACUCGACGGCGGACGUAGGAACGAAGGUGGAGAGGGAUAUGGAGUCGGAAAGACGAGAGAAACGGGAACGUUGGGCUGAAAAGGAGCGUGAUUUGGAGAAGGAGUUGCAGGAAAAGCUGCAGAAAGAAUUGGAGAAGGAGAACAUGCCCAGACCCCAGCCGAAGCCUGUGGCGGUUGUGGACUACAGCCACAAGUUCACUGUUGCGAAAGCCCCCAUCAGUGCGCCAACUAAACAAGUUGAAAUGGACCCUCAUCGACUCUGUCAGCGGCAGAAACAAAUUGAUUACGGAAAGAAUACGCUUGGAUAUGAAAGAUACAUAGAAAUGGUUCCAAGGUAUAAACGAACCAAAUCACAUCCUCGAACACCUGACAUAAGACAGGUGUGUAGUAAACGGAGCUGGGAUGGCCAGAUCCGGAAAUGGCGUCGUUUGUUACAUGAGUACGAUCCCCCAAAGGGGGAGGAUGAAGAAGAUUCUGAUCAGGUGUUCGUUCCCACCAGGGACCUUGACAACGUCAGAGGAUCUCACCCUGGCGACGAUAUGAUCGACAUGCAAUCAGAUUAUGUUGAAGACACAGACAUGAAGAUAUACGAUGGGUGGUCUGACGAAGAAUGUUAGUGUGCAUUAAUGUUUUUACCGUCCCUCAACCCAUUCAACGAAAAUGUGCAAGCUACCAAUAUGCUCCUGGUUUUGGCAAAGCUUUGAUAAGAAGUGGUGGGGUUCACAAUGGCUCUCCAUUUCUUGGCGUAAAUCUUUCUUACAGCAGCAUUUCGACCAUUCUCAGACAAAUCUGAACUGCAGAUGAUGCUCGAGUGCACAAUGGAAACUGGCAUGUAGCCUAUUUUCUUGGAGGAUGUAGUAGUCUGGCAUAUUUCUUCUUGCCUGCGAUCAUCAACACAGGUCUGUUGUGAAUGGUUCUAAUGAAUUUUAGAAGCUCUUAAUUGGAGUGCCAAAGCUGUACAUUUCACUGGUUCUCUUUGCUUCGCCAUCUCAGCUUCAGAUAUGGCAUUUGUUGCGGAGCUCUUAAUAGAUUCCUGACAGUCAAUAAGAUGCCAAGGAAAUUCCAUAUUUGAGUACAAGGCAUACUUCUUUCUUUGUAGUAUGCAUGCCAGUCACUGUAGACUGUCCUUGUAUGUAAUAAAGCGAGUCACUCUUCUGGUGAUAACAUGUUAAAUCUUCAA